CAAUUGGAGAAAAGGAAACUAAAUUGCAGAAGCGGGUGAAACAGAGAUAGGAGAUUAAUGAUCCAUGAGACAAAAGUGAUUGACAAACACGCUGUGAUACAGUGAUGACUGCAACUGUAGCAAAGACAGAUGAAGAUGACGAUAGAGAGUAGCAGGGAGAGAGAGCGAGAGAGAGAGAGAGAGAGCGAGAGGAGAGGAGGGGAGGUAAUAUCACUGCAAGCGUGUGAGGAUCAAGAGCAACAGAAGGCAAAGGAAAGCGCGAAAGAGAGCACCACAGACUUGCAGAGGACUCAAGGAUUAUUAGAAAUGGGCACAAACAAACGAGGGGACAGUCAAAAGGACUAAAAAAGACGAGGAAAACACCAAAUGUAAAGAGUCUUUGCCAGCUCAUCCUCUGCGGGUCAUUGGCCAGAAACUGUGAGAAACCUUAAUAAUGGGAAGUUCCUAAACUACUGAGGGGAUCAUUGAUAAAAGGACAUUGAGUGUUUAGGUGCACAGUGGCUAUUGAUUGCCGAGCUGUCACAUUCCAGCACACCGACUUUUCUGACCCACUUCCAAUUGGAUAUAAUCCGUCUGAGAACGACAAAUGUCUCUGCUUGCUCACUCCCCAUUCAGCUCCUCAGGGGGCUGAGGCAACCUUCCGUGGAGCAUGGGCAGGAGGGUGGCCGAUCCAACCAAUCCAGUGCCUGCACUGGGGGUUCCUCUGGCAGUGGGACGAUGGGGCCCCCUGUGCAGUGUUGGAGUGCAGACAUCUCCUGGACUGCGGACGCUCUCUUCCAUCAAACGACACGUCAACCAAGCGACCAACCUGCAGCCGGCCCUCACCAUGACAACAAGCGCAAUUGAGACAGCAGAAGCUAUCAAGACUGAUGGCAAUGGUCUACCGGUGUCUAAGGAGAUGUCACAGAAUGAAAUCAACAACCAGACACAUGAUGACAUGGGAUCACAAGGAUCAGGCAGUGGCGUUUACUGCCAGAUAAAGAUGAUACGGACGAACCCAACAGACUCAAAAGGGAAAAGGAUAUCAAAGUACACCAAUGGCAGCGUGGUGGGGUCUGACAUGUUGGGAGGUGUUUGCACUGAGGUCCCAGAAGUCAAGGAGCAGAGCCAAGAGAAAAGAAGGGUGCAAUCUCUUCGUGGGGAGCGACAACGUUCUUUCUUAAAGACAGGGGGUGUUUGCACAACUGUUCACGCCACCCCACCGCGACCCUGUCGGAUGGCAAUGAACUCCUCGCCACAGCUGUGUGGAACAUGUGGGAGAAGACGAUCGCAGUUUACUCAGUGCACAGGUGCAUGCCGCAGGAGGCCUGCACCACAAAUAUCAUCCAGCCAGACUUUACCUCACCCUGCAUGGAAGCAAGGUGUAGUCCCGAAUCACUCAAGAAAGGAGUCACCUUUGGACACUAAAAACCAAGACGCAUCAGUGAAAAGCAGUAAAAUCCCACAGUUGUCACACACAAUCCCCAAAACACACAGUUCAAUUGGUAGCAAUACAGCACUCACUCAGAAUAAAACAAAGAAUCAACAAACAAGGCCACAUUCUGCAGAGUUUACUCACUGCAAGGACACAGCCACACAAACAGCUGACACACAAACUAGCAGGACUCUCCCACUAACAAACUCGCCUCGAACAACAGAGACAACAGAAACACUUUUAACAGACAACCACAAGCAUGACAAAACCCAGUGUACAAAUUCAAACUCCAAACCUUAUGUAAAAUGUAGCACCCCUCCAGCACUUCCUGCAAAAAACUCACCAAAAUCUGAAGUCUCCAAACCACCCAGCCUUGUAGAUACAAACAAAAUCACACAACAGACAAUAAACAGCACCAAACCAAACUCAUCCCAAGAGGCAAAACUGAAAAACUACACAAAACAGAAGAGCAAAUCUUUAGAUGACCACACUCAGUCUUGUGAGACUCACAGAACAGUGCAAUGUAAUGGGGCUCCAGCGGGUCUACUGACUGGAAGUGCACCUCGUGGUCUGGAGAGCAAGUUGCAAUGUGUGGAGGAGAACCUUGUGUCGAAUCAAGAGAAGAUCAAGGUGCUGCUAAAUGUCAUCCUAGACCUGGAGAAGAGCAAGGCUCUCAGCGAAGGUCGCAGCUCGUACAGAACGGGUCAGGACAUUAACAACUGUUCCACCUGCCAAAAGACAGCCUGCAUCAUCUACAGUGUGGAGCAUGACUUUCGCCAGCAGGAGGGACGCUUUCAGGGAGUGAUGGAGUCCCUGGAGGGAGAGUACGACGUGCCUGCACCCCCUCUGACCAAAGCCGCAGUGGCCACAUCCCAGACCGGCCGGCCCAGUGCCAAGUCCCGUGUCAAGAAACUCAGAAAGAAAUGUUUCUGGUGGCUCUGAUAGUAGCACAGUGGCCUCUGAUGGAUAUAUGCGAGAGGACUCCAGAAUGCUCACAGUGAAGGAAUUUUACUGUGGCUUUGGAAAGUAACUGGGAUUAGGACCUGGAUAUGAAGUCCAAAGAAGCUGCUUAACUUGUAAUGUACUGUUUACCAGACCUAUUAAUUCAUUUUCAAAUUUUGGUCAAAAUGGGGAGCUCGUAUUUCCAUUACACCGCCUUUAGCGAACAGAUGGGGCACGAACACUCAUGAAAGUAAUUUGGCAAUGUUUAUAUCCUGUAAGAUACAUCAAAACGAUUUAUGGCUGAAAGAAUGCAUGUGUAUGGAUGGAAAUGAAUCACAAUGUGGAGGAUUUGGCUUGAUUAAGAGGGGGGGAAAUCAAGAACCAAAAGAGAGGAAAAAUCACAGGCAUUGAACAGCCUACUGUUGGUAAAGCAUUUCUAAAGUUGAAUGUAGCAAUAAGUGAAGCAUAAGACAGGACGUGUGGAGGAUUUCAAGUAGAGGAACUCAAUAGAGCAAUAAAGGGACAGCCCGUUGGGUAGAGAGAGCAAAGUGUUUGAAAUGUAGACUGAGAAUACAUUAGGAGACAACAUGAUGAAGCUGCUGAUCACAGACUGACAGGCUGUCUCCCAUUAUUAACAUUUGUGUCACCGCUGACCCACUGACUGAUUGAUUCUAUAGAGCUUUGCCAUUCAAAGUGGAAGCCUCGAGCUUCAACUUUUUACAAGUGUUCCCACUUACAUUAUGUUCAUUCUGGACUCAAAGCACCUGCACAAACAAGUAAGUGAAUCUCUUGCAGAAUAUUUGUGGACCAGCUAUAUGUUCUAUGUUAAUAACUGGCUUGUAUUGAUUGUUCUCAAAUGUGCCAGGUUUGGACUAAUGUAAGGUCAAAGUAGCAAUACUGGGAAAUCAGGAAAAAAAAGAUAAUAACACCUGGAGGGACAUAAAGGAAUUUAUUGAACAAUAGCUUUAUUUUCAAAAUCAGUAUUUUGGAGUGGUGGGGAACUGCAUCAGACUGCAACCUGUACCAAGUAUACCUUUGACGUAGCUAAAUGACAAAACCAAAGUCCUGCAUUAGAAAUACUGCAAUAUCGUAUGUCGUUCCAUCCCACUGCAAACUACAACCACAAUAAAAAAUAAAUCUAACAGUCGUAAUUAAAAUAGAAAAGUACUUUUGUCAUGUCAACAGAAAUUUAGCCUGGAUCUUAUUAGAUACAUGGUAAUAUUGUUGGUACCAUUCAGAGUGUACCGUACUAUCCAGCCAGGAUAUACAAUAUAAAUCUGAAACAUAGCCUUAAGGCUACUGGCUGGGUAUUCACAAUACAAUCAAGAUACUCCCACAACAGGCAAAAAUAAAAAAAAUCCCACAUCUCAUCAAAAUGUUAAAAGUCUGUCAGGUUAAUGUGGAGGAUUUUAUUCAAGUGAGUUGACAAUUAUAAGAUAUAUUUAUAGAUACAGAUUUUUUUUCAUUAGAAGUGAACCAAAUGAGUGAUUAUUAUACAAUGUGGGUCACUGUAGCAGUGUCACAAACCAAGACAAAUUGGUUCCAAGAUAUACAAACCUCUCACCUCAUAAGCACCUCAUUCAGCUAAUAGCUGACAAGUAGCCUAUAUUGCUUCCCUGGUUGAUACUGCCCAUAGAAGUGAAGCGGUUUAUUCGAAAUGCUUUUUUUUUUUUUUCCAAGCUGUCCCAUUACGGUAUCCAUGCUUAUCCUGAUAUUCCUCCCUUGUGUACAAUAAAAUUGUGUAUUUUCCACAAGGCGCGCUAUUGCUGACUCAACAUGAAGUCGACCAUAUAAAUGGCAAGUAUGCUGUUGUUUCAUAACACUGCACACAAAGCAUCAAUAAAGUUGAUAAAGUUAUCUGAUCCUCCUGUUUGCAUAGGUGUGAAAUUUAGCAAAACUUGAAACAGGAAACAUGCAUAAUAGAAUGAGAUCAAAUACAAAAACCUAAACAAAAAUACAAUUACAAUUGCGCUUUAAGAUUAAAGUUAGCCAGCUUACAUUUUCCAAGCCAAUGUUUGACUGCAUUUCACUUUGGCUUGUGAGUAAAAUUGAGAUCUAUGGUGGCAGUGAACUUAAAACACUUCAGAACAAAAGGUAAUGGGGCACACUGAUUAAAUCUUCAAGUUAUUUAACACUCCCAGUUGAAGUUUCCUCUCAAACUAAACAUCAGGCAAGAAGAUUGAACAAUAUGUAUUAAAACAACUACUUACUUUGUUCUUUUACAGGAAACAAACGCUAUGCAUGCAAAGGAAGAGCAUCUAGUGUAUGUGGUAUUGUUAUGAUAUAAUUCUUUAUGGAAGGAUCAUUUGAACACGGAGAGUGGCGCAAAACAUGUACAAACACAAUAUAACAAUACUAACAGGAAUGUAUUCUUAUCCUUUCAAUUUUUUUUUUUUAAAUAUAAAAAUAAAACAA